UCACAGAUCGGAAUUCUGCAUUUUCCGCCUUCCUGACAAAUUGUGACGAUCGCCAACUGUUCCAGUUGACGAUAUUCUACCGGGCCAGACUUGAGCCGUCAAUCGAGGAGGGCGUGAGAGCACUCGGCCUCAUGUUAACACGCGAGAAUCACUUCACAGGGCUGGAGUAUGAUAUCGUGACUGAGCUGGCGGAGGAGGGAAACCGAGCGGGUGCUUCCAAACUCCUCCUGAAUCUGGUGAUGGAGAAGGGCUCCGGGGCCCUGAGGGUGAUGUGGGAAUCCUUUGUGAAAAUACAUCACACGUUACCGAAGCUGAGCGGAAUACUGGAGGAAAUACGGGAACGUGGUGACGGCCAGUUCGCCUUCAUGGACACUGAGCUGGGUUUAUCUGAAGUUUCCAAGCAUCUGAAAGAUCGGAACUCUGCAUUCUCUGCCUUCCUGUCAAAGUGUGACGAUCGGCAACUGUUCCAGUUGACGAUAUUCUACCGGGCCAGACUUGAGCAGUCAAUCGAGGAGGGCGUGGGGGCACUAGGCCUCAUGUUAACACGCGAGGAUCACUUCACAGGGCGGGAGUCUGUCAGAGUGACUGAGCUGGUGCACAAGGGAAUGGGAGCGGUCGCUUCCAAACUCCUCCUGGAUCUGGUGAUGGAGAAGGGCUUCGGGGCCCAGAAAGUGAUGUGGGAAUCGUUUGUGAAACUACAUCACAGAUUACCGGAGCUGAGCGGAAUACUGGAGGAAAUACGGGAACGUGGUGACGGCCAGUUCGCCUACAUGGACACUGAGCGGGGUUUAUCUGAAGUUCCCAAGCAUCCGAAAGAUGUUCAGCGGAUACACAAGGAGACUCUGCGGGCACAAACGGAAACACUGAGAGUGGACACGAUCCUGAUGAGGGAGAAGGUGAAGGUUUUCCAGCUGGUUGAUCGAUACGCUGAGCUCACGGUCAUUUCUACUGUUCGAGAUCGGAGACUGGUGGAACAUGAGCUGCUGGCAAGAGGCAGAGACCACGAGGAGUGCAGAGAGAAACAUCUCCGCGGAGAGCUGGAGAAAAUCAGCACAGAACAACUGUUUCGGAGAAAUUACUCACAUAGCUUACGGGGCCAAAAGUUUCUGAGAUGUUCGGCAACUGUGGCCGGAGUCCCAGGGAUAGGGAAAACAACAAUGGUACAAAAAAUUGUUUAUGACUGGGCCACGGGAAAAAUAUAUCAACAAUUUCAGUUUGUCUUCAGUUUCAAGUUCCGGGAUUUAAACACCAUUAACCGCAGAAUAAGCCUGACGGAACUGAUUCUGGAUCAGUAUCCAUACUUUGGGAAUAUCCUGAGAGAGGUCUGGAAGAACCCAGAAGGAUUGCUGUUUAUAUUCGAUGGUUUGGAUGAAUUCAAACACAACAUCGAUUUUGCUGACAGUCGGAGAGAUACAGAACCCAAGCACCAGUGCCCAGAUCCUGAGUGGUGGUGUGAAGUGUCUGACAUUGUGUACAGUUUAAUCCAGGGCAAGCUGCUCCCAGGGUGUUCAGUGCUGGUGACCACCCGUCCCACUGCGUUACAUCUAUUGGAAAAGGCUGAGAUCGGUGUCUGGGCUGAAAUCCUGGGAUUUGUUGGUGAGGAACGGAAGGAAUAUUUCAUCAGGCAUUUUGAAGAUCAGACGGUGGCAGCAGCUGUUUUCAAACAUGUGAAGGAGAACGAGAUCCUGUACACCAUGAGCUACAACCCCUCCUACUGCUGGAUCCUCGCUCUGGCACUGGGCCCCUUCUUCACACAAAGAGUCAGGGACCCGAAGCGAGUUCCCAAGACCAUCACCCAGCUAUAUUCCUACUAUAUUUACAAUAUCCUGAAAAACCACGGCCGUGAGAUUGAGAGCCCCCGUGAUGUGUUACUCAGAGUUGGUCAGAUGGCCCUCAAAGGCGUGUCCGAGAGGAAGAUUGUGUUUACAGAUGGAGAUUUGAUCAACCACGAUCUGCAGCCUUCCCAGUUCCUGUCCGGGUUCCUGAUGGAGCUUUUGGAGAGAGAGGAUUCUGCCCGGUGUGUAGUGUACACAUUCCCACACCUCACCAUCCAGGAGUUUGUAGCUGCAGUCGCACAAUUCCUGAUCCCAGAUGGCAGAGAUAUCCUAAAGUUCCUCGCUGAAGCCCACAACACCACAGAUGGGCGAUUUGAGUUAUUUCUCCGUUUUGUUGCUGGUCUCUCCAACCCAAUGAUAGCUCGGGGCCUGGAAGAAUUUCUGGGUCCAUUUCCUCGUCAAACAACCUGCCGGGUGAUUGACUGGGUGAAGGAGGAGGUUAAACGUCAGAGUGGAAACACAUGGAGUGAAGCUGGUAAAAGGAGCCUCCUGAAAACUUUGCACUACCUGUUUGAGUCUCAGAAUAGUGGACUGGCUCAGGCCGCACUGGGAUCAGUGGAAACACUUUCAUUCAGUGGAAUGACACUGACCCCGAUUGACUGCGCGGUCCUGUCUCAUGUCAUCGGACUCUGUGAUACAAUAAAACACCUCGACCUGGAGAGCUGCCACAUUCAGUGUGAAGGAAUCCAGCGGCUGGGACCCGGACUGCACAAGUGCCAGGAGUUGGGCCUUGGGGAGAAUGAACUGGGGAAUUCAGGAGUGAAACUGGUGUCUGCGGCUCUGAGGAACCCGGAGUGUAAAAUACAGAAACUGUGGCUGAGGAAGGUCGGUCUCACAGAUUUCGGUGCCGAGGAUCUCGGCUCCGCUCUCAGUACAAGCCGAUCGUUGACGGAGGUGAAGCUGAGUCAUAAUGUACUGGGAGAUUCAGGAGUGAAACUUAUGUCUGCGUUUCUGAAGAACCCAGUGUGUAAAAUACAGAAACUGUGGCUGAACAAUGUCGGUCUCACAGAUUCUGGUGCCGAGGAUCUCGUCUCCGCUCUCAGCACAAACCCAUCACUGACGAUGCUGAACCUGGAAUCAAACUUGCUCACAGACCGAUCUGUCCCCGCUCUCCGCCGCCUCAUACUGACCCUCCCGAGUCUGGAGUGGAUCUGGUUAAUGGAGAAUCUAUUCAGCGCGACCGGGAGGAAGGAACUGAGAUCUCUGCAGGAACCUAAACCCGGACUGAAAGUGGCAGUGUGA